AUGACUAGUCAACCUACUGUAGGAUUACAGCACUCUCGUGUCUUAAAGACUCCAUUAGGCAAGAUACCCAAGGUGGAUUGGUCAUCCGAUGGAAGAUAUAUCUUGUCAUCAGCAGAAGAUUCUUUGCUCGUUUGGGACGCGAACACAUAUAACAAGCUUGCCUUAUUUCAAGUACCUUCUCUUUGGGUAAUGACAUGCGCGUUUUCGCCAUCUGCGGAGACCAUAGCUGCUGGUGGUUUAAACAACAGUUGCAAAAUAAUCCCCACAGAUAAACCAGAUGCUGAUCCCAUUGAUCUUGUGGGACACGAUGGCUUCAUCUCUUCAUGCAAAUAUGUUGACGAGAAUCAUCUGUUAACCUCUUCCGGUGAUCGAAGUUGCAUUUUGUGGGACAUACAAAAGCAAACCUCUAUUACUAAGUAUGAGGGACAUACUGGAGACGUCAUGUCUCUGGAUUUUUUGACCGGAAACCCAAAUAUAUUUGUUUCGGGUGGUUGCGAUAAAACUUCAAGAGUAUGGGACCUACGAACGAAUUCCUCUGAGUUAACUAUUUCUGGUAAUGAUUCCGAUAUCAACUCCGUUUCUCUUUUUCCUUCAGAGACUUCAUUCGCUACGGGUGCUGAGGAUGGAACUUCUAAAUGUUUUGAUAUUCGCACAAGGUCAGCUAUCUUUGAAUACCCCUCGCAGAAGUCGAAACCCGUUAGCUCAAUUUGUUUUUCUAAAUCUGGAAAGUUUUUGAUUGUAGCUACAGGUAAUGUAUGUGAAGUAUGGGAUUCCGCUUCUGCUACGUUGGUUACUACUUUGUCAGGUCACGAUAACCGUGUGAGCAGCAUUACACUCAACCCGCGUGGAACUACCUUAGCAAGCGGUUCGUGGGACUCGACGGUCCGACUUUGGUAUCCCUAA